UUAAAGUUUCGGUCGUUAUGUGAUUGCGGCUUGUGUCUCACAAACCUGCCUCUGUCUCCUAUGUAUUUCGGAUCUUAUUUUAAACAUGCCGUGUACUACAGCUGUUUCACAGUAGUGCGCCCCCAACAGUUUGCAGUGCAUUGGCCAAUGCACGAAAUUGGUCAACUCGCAUGUUGCGAUUGGCCGAUGCAGUGCAAACUCUUGGUGGUGCACUAUUGUGAAACGGCCACAUUACAGCAUACAAACGGACAGUUCUGGUUUGGAUGGCAGCCGGUGAGCCUCGUGCCCGCAGAGAAUGCGUUGGGGACUUCAUAUCUCAGCCACAGUGGAGGCCACUGGUCCUUCUCAGUUGCUUCGAGGGAGACGUCAACGAAAAUCUUGACAACCUCUUAAACAUGACAGUGACUCCUGAAAAUGCUGAGGAAGUGGCUAGGGAGACGGCUUCCCUGACAUCCAACGCCGAUGACAUCGGGCCGAGCGCCCUCAUGACCAUCGCUGGAAUUCUGGAGAAACUGGUGGCUGCCAACAAUACAUCCCCAGCGGUCGCAUCUCAGAUUGUCACAAUUGUUAACAAUGUCCUCCAAAUUGACCGGGAUGCCACCUUCGAGGAGGCGGCCAGCAGCAACUCCCCGUCGCGCAUCGUGGCGGCUCUGGAGUCCUUCGUCUCAGCAUUGCACAGCAACGGGGUGGGAAACUUAACCGAGGUACAGAGCAGCUUGGCCGUGGUGGCCCUGUCCAUCCCCCGCGGCUCCCUAUCUAACGGUUUUGGCUUUGGGUCCUCCCUCCCGAUCUCUGGAGCAGACAGUCUGACCGGUGACCGGAUUUCAGUGUUCAUGGAUAAAGAUGCCCAGUUGGAGGCAGAGGCAUCAAUUUUUCUCCCGGCAGAAAUUCUGUACGAGGUGUCAGAAGGUGGCAGUGACCAAGUUCCCCUGAGUUUCUUCUUGUAUCAGAGCAGCAGCCUGUUCCAAUCGCCCACGUUGCAUGACGCUGCAAGGCCUGAGGAAGGGUUCAGGCGUGAAGUGGGGAGUCGAGUCAUCGCUGCCACAGUGGAGGGUGUGAAGAUUGAGAACCUGGCCAUGCCCGUCUCCAGUGUCUUCAGUCUGGUCAAUGUGACUGGUGAAAACGAGACCGUGCAUGGUGCCCAGUGUGUGUUCUGGGAUUUCAGCCUGAAUGACGGUGCCGGCGAUUGGUCCACAGAAGGUUGCAGGAAUGAGUCAGUGUCAGACGGCGUAGUCAGGUGUCUGUGUGACCAUUUGACCAGCUUUGCUGUCAUUGUGGAUAUUUACGGGCAGCAAGAGAAUGUGUUUUUGAGUGUCAUCAGCAAGUUGGGAUGUGCCGUGUCCGUGGUGGCUUUGAUUAUCACCCUGGUCACGUACCUUUACAGCAAGAAAUUACGAUCUAAGCAGCCCCAGCAGAUCCAGAUCAGCCUUUGCUUUGCCUUGCUGGCUCUCUACUUGGUCUUUCUGGUGGGCAUCGAAGCCAUUUCUCCCAGGGCCGGCUGCAUCGUCGUGGCCGUCUUGAUCCACUACUCCACCCUGGCCUCCAUCGCCUGGAUGGCUGUGGAAGCCACCAACAUGUACCUCCUCUUUGUCAGAGUUCUCAAUGCCAGAGUGUCUCGCUUUGUGCUCAAAGCCUCCAUUGCAGCCUGGGGACUUCCACUGGUGAUUGUCAUCAUUAUUCUAGCUGCCGAUUACAGCCAGUAUGACAGCCCAAAUUACUGUUUCCUGAAGCCAGGCAAUGCCAUUUACUUCGGUCAGUUACUCCCAAUCGGCCUUGUGCUCCUCUUCAACUUUGUCGUCUUCACCCUGGUCAUGCGCAAGCUGACCUGCGCCCGCAAGACCAUCAGCAGCUCCUCGGACCGCAGCGGGCGGCAGGAGACGAUCCGCCGCCUGCAGAACGCCCUGGCCAUCUCGGUGCUGCUGGGCCUGACCUGGGUCUUCGGACUGCUCUCCGUCUUCCAGGCGGCCAACUUUGCCUUCCAGGUCCUGUUCACGGUCUGCAACUCCCUGCAGGGUCUGAUGAUCUUCAUCCUGUUCUGCGCCCGGCAGAAGGAGGUGCGGCAGGUCUGGUGGGAGAUGCUGCCGUGCAAGAAGCCUGCCGUCCGCAAGGGAGAGGUGUCAGGCACAGGCUUAGAGUCCACCACACGUGGUGCUAUUUCACUCUCCAGUAAGGUCACCAAGGAGACCAAUUUAAGUGAAAUGAGCCAGGCUCAGUCCUAGAUAUACAAUCCCUCACUUCACUGCGUGCUAAAUUGAAACAUCUUUCACCUGUACAUAUGCUUUAAUAGAAACUAUCACUCAGAAAUAGUGUGGGAAGGAGGUACAUAUGAGGCUUAGAAAAACCAGAUGGUUACAACUUGAUUUUAUGCAACUAUUUCAAGAAACCAAUGCUGGCAUACGUGACCAUUUUGAUGUGAAAUGCACGGUUUGGAUGAUACAACCAUGCAGACUGGUCUCAAGAGAAGUAAUAUUUUUCCCAAGGUGCAUUAUGCAUCCCAUGCACGCGCCAUUUCUCAUGGUCCAUAUCCCCAGUAACUUGAGAACACCACACCGGUGUGACUGUAGAUGUUACUGCUUGAUAAUCAUUCGGAUGGCAGUGGUGAUGUAAUGCUCUGAAUACCCCCAGUAUCCAAUUAGCCUAGAACUGAUCUGAGCUCCUGACAAAAUCUGCGUCACCAACUGUAAUCUGUUCAGGUAAAAACAAUUUGAUAUUUCACUGUGACGUCCUUGUACUUUAAUGUAAAAAAAAAAGAGAAAUAUGAAUAACAAGUUACUUCUUUAUAUGUAUGAAAAAAGGAAACACUAAGAAACAUACUUUGAAACUAUUUUGAAGUUUUUUGUGUAAAUACUGUUCAUGUUUAUUUUUUUUUCGAGAGUUCAUUUCAAUAAGAUGAAAUGUGUCUCUUCUUAAAUAGGUCUUUGUUAUGAAUUUAUGUUUUGUAUUAACAUUUUCCUCAGUAUGAAAUAUUAUUGGACCAAAGGUUAAUGCAAGUCAGAAUCCUGGCAACGUAACUUAGGUACGUUUGUACACAUUUCCCUCAAACUAUAAGUAAUGCGACAUCGUGAAGAUGCCUGGUUAAAUCACACCGAUAUUUUGAACAAGUUUCCUUUAUUGCCUUUACGUUAUGCUCGGUGUUUUUUAACCUUGAAUUAUUUUAAAAUGACUGAGAUACUUAAGAAUUAGGGUUUGAUUCUGGUCUUCAAAAUUCUAUGCAACAAGUGUCCAUCAGUUCCUGAGUGUCUUAGGUUUGGAGGAACUUUCUGCUCUGAGAUUUGUCAGGAACUGAUCAUCGUGGUAAUUGCUUUAACAGAAUUGCACUAUGAUAAAUGAGCCUUAUGCUGAGGCAGAUAACUUUUGAUCAUUUUGAGGAUUUUGGAGAUAAAUCUUGCCAAGUCUUUCCUUUUGGGGAGAGCAUUACCAAAGCUCAUAGUUUUAUUUGAUAUCUUAAUAUGAAGAAAUUUAAGAAAAGUGGAGCAAAGG